AGCGGAGAUCUGGAGAACUUAAGCGUUGACGACUCACACCUCCGGCCUCUCCCGCCCCAGACCCCCUCCAGAUCCCGGAUCUAGAUUAGAUCCGAUCAAUCUCCUCUCGAAACCUAGAAUAUCCACCGUUACCUGGAGCUCACCCGUCGGUUCCGUCCCGGAGAGGAGAGAGCCAGGCCGGGGCGCCGAGAGCGGCCGCGAUGGAGCAAGACACCGAAAAAGCCAACUACAACUCCGAGUCGGACCGGACCGAAGCCGGAGCGUCGAUGCGGAUGCGGGACGACGACGACGUCAUUGACAAGACGCCCGAGACCACCACCACGAGCGCGGCGGCGGGGCCCACGCCAGCAGACGGCGCCCCCGAUUCCGACGAAGAAGAGCGCGCGCCGCCGCCGCCACCGCCGGCGGCCCCGGACCCGCCCCCGGACGGCGGCCUGACCGCCUGGCUGCAGGUGGCCGGGUCGGCGGCGGUGCUGGUCAACACGUGGGGCGUGAUCAACUCGUUCGGCGUGUUCCAGGCCUACUACGAGACGGAGCUGCUGCGCGACCACAGCUCGAGCCAGAUCUCGUGGAUCGGCUCGAUCCAAGGCGCGCUGCUGUUCCUGGUGGGCGUGUUCGCGGGCCCGCUGUACGACGCGGGCUACUUCCGCGCGCUGCUGCUGACGGGCUUGUUCCUGAUCGUGCUGGGCCAGUUCAUGACGUCGCUGUGCGCGGCCUACUGGCAGGUCAUGCUGGCGCAGGGGGUCACGAUGGGGAUCGGGAUGGGGCUGACGUUCCUGCCGUCGGCGGCGAUCCUGGGCCAGUACUUCGCGCGGCACCGGGCGCUGGCGCUCGGCCUGUCCAGCGCGGGCUCGCCCGUCGCCGGCGCCGUGUUCCCCAUCAUCUUCAGCCGGCUGGAGCCGCGCGUCGGCUUCGGCUGGGCCACGCGCGCCAUCGCCUUCAUCCUGCUGGGCCUCUCGGUCGUGCCGAUCGCGUUCAUGCGCACGCGCCUGCCGCCGUCGGGCAAGGGGCGGCGCGGCAUCAUCGACCGCAGCGCGCUGACGGACGUGCCGUUCAUCUUGUUCGUUGCCGGCGGGCUGUUCGCCUUCCUGACGCUGUACGUCACCUUCUUCUACAUCUCGCUGUACGCCACGUCGCACCGGGUCGCGUCCGACAGCUUCGCGCCGUACCUGGUGACGCUGCUCAACGCCGGGUCCAUCGUCGGGCGCAUCGUGCCCAACGCGCUCGCCGACCGCUGGGGGUCGCUCAACAUGAUGCUCGCGUGCACGUUCGCCAGCGCCGUGCUCGUGUUCGGCUGGUUGGGCAUCCGCAACUUGGCCGGGUCGAUCGUCUACGCGCUGCUCUACGGCGCCUUCUCGGGCGGCCUGGUCAGCCUGGCGCCGAGCGUCAUCGUCAGCCUCGCGCCCGACAUGGGCCGCGUCGGCGCGAGGAUGGGCAUGAGCUUCGUCGUCUUCGGCAUCGCCAUCCUGCUCGGGACCCCGAUUGCCGGGGCGAUUCUGGGCGACGAACGCAACCCCGAGUGGCUGGGGACCAUCCUGUACGCCGCCUUCGGGCUGCUGGCGGCAACGGUGCUCUUUCUGGCGUCACGGUUGCUGUUGUACAGGCGGAAGGGGGGCUUGAAGGCUUAACGGACGUUCUCGUACUUUUUACCUUUUGACACAUCGAACACAUCGGCAUUGCUUGCGGCAUGUAGGGGUAGGCGUUGAGGGUUGGCGAAGGCUGGGCUAAAAGACUUAGACAUGGCAUCCAUAGACAGAUAGUACACAGCAGUGUCUGAUAAUGGAACAUGCUUGUUCCACUCAACCUAGGAAGAUGCGAAGUUUGUUCCGAGAACCAGGCAGCAGGGCCAGUCUCCGAAUCCGGUGAGUGAGCCCUUCCUUGCAUGGGCGAA